AUGUCUGCCAAUUCAUCUUCAGUGAAUUUUUUUAUACUGGCAACCCUGGGCUUACCUCCAACCCUUAUUUAUCCAGCGUUUAUAUUUGGAACACUUACCUAUCUUUUUAUUAUAUUCUGCAAUUCACUGGUCGUAUUGACAAUUGCAGUGAGUAAAAGGCUACAUACACCUAUGUUUCUCCUGCUUAUUAAUCUGCCCAUUAGUGACAUUCUCGGUGCAUCAAGUUUUUUCCCUCAGCUUGUUUUCAGCAUUUUGACACAGAACAGAAUUAUCUCCAGUUCUGCAUGUAUAACUCAAGCUUUUCUCAUUCAUCUGUAUGGUGGUGGAAACCUUCUGAUAUUAAGUGUUAUGGCAUAUGACAGAUACGUUGCAAUAUGCAAUCCACUUAAGUAUAAUACUAUCAUGACUACAAAUUUUGUUAUCAGAUUAAUCUUUCUUACAUGGUUUUUAGUUUUCGUAGUUAUGGCUGUUCUGUUUGCUUUAACUUUACGGUUUAACCUUUGUAGGACAAAUAUUGAAGAUCUGUAUUGCAACAAUCCAUCGUUUCAAACAAUGUCCUGCGGGGACAACCGUGUAAGCAACUAUUAUGGACUAUUCAUAACAUGCCUGCUUAAUGGAGGUCCAUUGUUAAUAAUAGCUUACACAUAUGCGCAGAUUUUGCGUACAUGCAUUAUGAAUAAUAACACUGACAGCAGGAAAAAAGCGUUUCAAACAUGUGGAACCCAUUUAGUCGUUUUUUUAGUCCUGCAAAUUAAUAGUGCCUUUACAAUCGUCUCUCAUCGCUUUCAGAACGUGUCCCCUUUUCUGAGAAGGGCUUGUGGGGUAUCUAUUCUGAUCUUUCCACCAUUCUUGGACCCAAUAAUAUAUGGACUAAAAACCAAAGAACUAAAAAAAAGUAUAAUAAAAUUUCUUAAAAGGCAAGUGGGAUCAACAAAGUAG